CGGAUUUUGUUAACACUUGAGCCCAGCCCAUAAAGAGAAAUAAUAUUAGAACAAAACAAACAUAUGAACUAAACUCUAAACUCCAAAGUCCAAAGCAUCAAAGGAAUCAGAUCAAAUCCACACCCAACACCAACUUUGUUCCAUUCUCAGCCAAACUCUCCUUCUCGCGCUGUCAAUGGCGACGCCCUCAAUGCUCUCAUCGUUCAAAUACGGAGAUAGUCUGAGAGUGGUGGGCAUCUCAAUAUGCACAGCCGUAGUCUGCGAAGCCAUCUCUUGGAUCCUAAUAUACAGAACCAACUCCUACAAGUCCCUCCGAUCCUCCAUUGACAAAGCCUCGAAGAAGCUCGAAACCAUGAAGACUGACACUGCCAACAAGAUCACCACCAAAAAGUCUAAAACCAAGAAGAUUGAUCGGGUUGAGACCAGUCUCAAGGAAUCGAGCCGCGAUCUCUCGCUUUUUAAGUUCAAAUCCGGCGCCGUCGUUGCCCUCGUCCUCUUUGUCGUCUUUGGCCUCCUCAAUUCGUUAUUCGAAGGUAAGGUCGUUGCCAAAUUACCCUUUAAACCCUUUGGACUUGUGAUGAAGAUGAGUCAUAGAGGUCUUCAAGGGGACGAUCCCACCGAUUGUUCCAUGGCGUUUUUGUAUUUCCUUUGUUCUAUUAGUAUUCGAACCAAUUUGCAGAAGUUCUUAGGAUUUGCGCCACCGAGAGGCGCUGGUGCUGGGUUGUUCCCCAUGCCCGAUCCCAAGACCAAUUGAUUACACUUCAAUUAUUAAGCUUUUAAAUUAUUGAAUCUUAGGUUUUGGGAUCGUAAACGGAACUUAGUUUGGUCAAAUUAUGGGUUUUUAUCAUAUGAAGCCAAAUUUGUUUUUUUUUUUCUUUGGCUUAAGAAACUAAAACAACUUUAAUUUGAUGUGGAUUUAUUUGAUUAAUGAUUAUUUAGUCUCUAAAUUGCGAUGAA